GAAGAGUUAUAGAAGUUUGUAAAUUAAAGUACGAAUCAAUGACAUAUUUUGUUGCAAGCGAUAAAGUUUCAAACCUUUGGUCCUCAUGAAGAGCUGUCUAGCUAUGGGAGUGAAUUCAUCGCAAUUGGAGAAGGAAAUUGGUCAAGAAUUCCCUCCAAACGAGAAAUAUUUUGGCUUGGUUAAUUUUGGGAAUACCUGUUAUUGUAACUCUGUUCUCCAAGCGCUUUACUUUUGUCAACCUUUUCGUGAGAAGAUACUUUCAUACAAGCCACAGAACAAGAGGAAGGAGACAUUGUUGACAUGUCUCUCUGACUUGUUUGGAAACAUUGCUUCGCAGAAAAAGAAAGUCGGAAUUAUCGCCCCGAAAAAGUUUGUUGCCAGAUUAAGGAAAGAAAACGAUGUAUUUGACAACUAUAUGCAGCAAGAUGCCCACGAAUUCCUGAACUAUUUGUUAAACACAAUUGGAGACUUGUUGCAAGGAGAAAAACAGAAAGAGAAAGAAAAAUUGGAGAGACAAGGCAGUAUUAGUAGCACUGCAAGCAGCAGAAGUACGGGGACAUGCAAUUCGUCUGCUGCGGGUAGCACAAUACCAACGAAACACGACGAGACAUGGAUACAUGAAAUAUUCGAGGGCACGUUAACCAACGAAACACGUUGUUUAUCUUGCGAAACAGUAAGCAGCAAAGAUGAAAGUUUCUUAGAUUUAUCUGUGGAUGUGGAUCAGAACACUUCAAUUACUCACUGUCUUAGGGGAUUUUCGUCUACUGAAACACUUUGUAGUGAACAUAAAUACUUUUGUGAAACCUGCAAGAGUAAACAAGAGGCUCAAAAAAGGAUGAGAGUAAAAAAACUACCUAAGAUCUUAGCGCUCCAUCUAAAACGCUUUAAAUAUAUGGAACAUCUUCAUCGCUAUACAAAGCUUUCAUACAGAGUUGUGUUUCCUUUGGAACUGAGACUUUUCAACACUUCAGAUGAUGCGUGUAAUCCACACAGAUUGUACGACCUUGUCGCUGUUGUUGUGCAUUGCGGAAGUGGACCAAAUCGCGGACAUUACAUAAGCAUUGUGAAAAGUCACGAUUUUUGGCUUUUAUUUGAUGACGACAUAGUUGAGAAAAUUGAACCACAGACGUUUGAAGAAUUCUACGGUCUCACAAUCGGUGGUCAUAAGUCAAGUGAUUCUGGGUAUAUCCUUUUCUAUGAAUCCAAAACCUAGCAAACAAGACAUGCAGCAGUCUGCUGCCUUGUUUGUGUGCACUUCAUCAUUUCUCCUAUACCUUUUGUCCUGCAAAGAAAAACCCGGAAGCAAGGUUGCGAAAAAAUGUCUUUCCCCAUUUCUCCUUUAUAUAGGUUUUAUGUGCAUGUGUAUAUACGAAAUAGUUUAGCUCUUAAAGCUAGGCUGACAUAUUUAUCAAGUUUAUCGGGUUGCAAUUAAUAUUCGUAAAUAUACACGUAGUGUUUAAUAUAUUUUCAAGCAAUAGACCUUUAUCAUAAUGACGUCAAACGCGGAAAGUCUGAUUUUACAGGAAG